AUGGCGGAUACACCACUCAAACCCUCAUCCUCGACGUCGGGCUUCUUCCAGGCUCUUCCGACGAUUCCUCCCCAAUACACCAGCCCAAGCUCUCUCCCCAGUAAAUCCACAUCGCUGAAAGAAGGUGCUCGAGCAUCUGACGACCCAGUACUCGCACGAGUCCUAAGCCUAUAUCUCCCCUCUCCUACGCCGAGAGAAGUCUCUUCGGCCCUUCACAAGCUCUCACGUCGCGUGCUCCAGCCAUCCACGCUCCGCCUUGUGGUUGACGCCGAGACGAAUCCGCCCACCCUGCACCCGUUGACGACGUUCGGCGAAGAGAAUCGCUCAGACCCUCUGCAGACGAGCGAAGGCUGGCGUGCUCUCAAGGACAUCGGUAUCGAAGAGGGUGCCGUGGCUCGUGGCUACCGGCUGGAGAGCACGGAUUGGAACCGUCGAGUCCAUCAAUAUGCCAUCAUCCACGUCUGGUCUGCGACGGCUUCGCUGACCAUGUGUCCUGCGUCUAUGACCGAUGGUGCUGCAAAACUACUGUCCAGACACCUGGAGGAUCCUGAUGGAGAUCAGGCUGGGCGACAGGCUGUGUUUCGCGAAGCAUACCGUCGCCUGACAUCCUUUGAUCCGAAGGACGCUUGGACAAGCGGACAGUGGAUGACGGAGCGAAGUGGUGGCAGUGACGUCAGUGGGACCGAGACUCUUGCCCGGAGACUGACAAGUCAGGAGCGUGCAGACGACGCGGCAGCGGGACGUGAUCACGAUGCAACAGGUAUGCCUUUGGGGCCUUGGCGGAUUGACGGGUUCAAGUGGUUCAGCAGUGCGACGGACUCGGACAUGACGAUUCUGCUAGCUCAGACUCCCGGAGGCUUGAGCGCGUUCUAUGCACCGAUGCGAAGACGGGUCGGACCAGGAGAUUCGGUUCAAACCGAAUUGAAUGGCGUGCGCAUUCAGCGACUCAAGAAUAAGCUCGGCACGAAGCAAUUGCCCACGGCGGAGUUGGAGCUCCAAGGGACAAGAGCAUGGCUGAUAGGAGCGGAAGGGCGAGGGAUCAAAGAAGUGUCGGCGAUAUUGAACAUUACCAGGCUACACACGGCGGCGGGCAGCGUGGCGUAUUGGUCUCGUGGCCUGGCGGUGAGUCGGGCAUACACCAAGGUGCGAAAAGUGCGAGGUGGACUCCUUCGGGAUAAUCCACAGCAUCUACGCUGGAUGGCCGAUGAAACGGUCCAGUAUUGGGCUGGAGUUCACCUGACAUUCCUUGGAGUCUCAUUGCUCGGUGUUAGUGAACAAGGCUGGAAUGCCGUGGGACGUGGCACAAGGGCGGCGAGGAUUCUCCCUCAAGACCCUGCGGGCGUCGAAGGUCUCCUGAGGGUUCUCACUCCCGUGAUGAAAGCAAAGGUAAGCCUGCGCAGUGUAGAAGGGUUACGCAGCUGCAUGGAGAGCCUGGGCGGAGUGGGAUACUGCGAGAACAACGAGGAUGGCGGGAUUCUGAACAUUGCUAAGAUUUUCCGAGAUGCCGUGGUCAACACGAUCUGGGAGGGGACUGUCAGUGUCAUGGCUGAAGAUGUCGUGCGCGCCCUAAGGGACAAACAGUUGGGGAUGGGCAAUGUGCUUGACAAUGUUCUCGUGCCCUGGAUUCAAAAUGUCUUGAGCAUCUGCGCUGGUCGAUUCCCCGAUGAGUGCGAGGCGGUGAAGGUGAGAUGGCACACAUUUGGAGAUAUGGCAAGAGGGCUAGACGCUUCCGAGUUACACUGGCGAGGCCGAGAGAUCUUGGAUCACCUCGAAGCGACUGUCUGCGCGUGUCUGCUCAUGUUCGACGCUUGUAGCGAUGGCGACGAGGUUGCUGCUCUGAUCGCGUCGCGGUGGACGUGGUCGCGAGUUCGGUCCAAGGCUGAAGGCCGUGGCCGUCAAUUGGAUUGGGGUCAGGAGGUGAGGAUGGACAAGAGGAUUUUCCUGGGUGAGAAUGAAGACGGCCAAAGCAGCGUUCGAGGCAAGUUGUGA